ACUACAUCGGGGAGAGGACUGCCAAGCUUGACCUUGCACGACCAACUUCAAGUUCUAGAUGGACAAUUUCCGGACAAUUUGCAAGACAAGAGUAGCCUUGCUCAUUUAUCACGGAAAGCCAAGCCUAAGGAUGUUAAGUUUCUGAGUCAACGAGUGAAAAAAUCAAAACAUUCUCAAAAUGGAGAUGCAGGAGAGCCCGAUGUUUUCAAACCCAGCAGAUCAUGAAGGGGAGGAGGAAGUAGUAAUGGCGUCGCAGGUACUCGAGAUCAUUUGUGGAUUUGCCCCAGAGUCUAAGCUAUGCAACUCGGAACCAGAGGAAAGAGACAUAUGGUCUGUCGAGGAAGGAGACGAUUCGGUGUUCUACAGUGACGAAGACCUAGCUGGGGAGCGCAGAGAGGCCAACGGAUCUCAUGAUUCAGGUGGAGCCGGUGUGUUCUGUUUUGAGCAACGCAGGGAGACUGUUGGGAAUGAAGCCGAAAAUGCAUGCGAAGGAAUGCAUAUUGAAGAAAGUGUACAAGAUAGCGACUCCCAUGGGACACCUGUGAUUGAUCCUUCAGCUUUUCACUGCUCUCUUAAAGGCAAGCAAGAAAGACCUCAGCUGAGUCAAACCUCAGAAGAAGAUCCACUAUCUGAGGAGAAGAAUGGACAGGCACCACCAUUUGAGACACCCGAUGAGGAGAGCGACCCAUCCCAGCCGAGCUCCGGCUCAGAGUCAGAUAAGGACGGCGCCGUAGGCCAUCUUGAUGUGUUACCAUUGGACCCCGUUCCUGGCUAUUCUACUCUACCUCUCCCAAAGAAGUCCUCCGACACCCUCGGAGAUCAGGAAUCCUUCAACCACCUUACCCCAACCAAGUACAGCUCCGUAUCCUACCGCAAGAUUCGGCGAGGGAACACACGCAAGAAGAUAGAGGAGUUUGAGUAUAUCAUGAUGAAUUUGUAAUAGUAAAAAUGGUGUGGGAUGCAGAAAGUGACCGAUUUUCACAUCUGGUUCUAAAUUUCACUUAUAGUGAUAACAUACUUAUGUCCCAUCAAGAUAAUGUAAUAGAUUCUGCACAAAAUGAAGUAAUUCACCGACACUUUAAAAAAAAAAAAAAAAAAAAAGUGUUUCGACUGAUCUUUCAAGAUAGACAAAAAUAAUGCACUGUGAAAAUAUAAACACCAAAGGAAAGUGGACUCUUCUUUCACUAGAAAACAGUUCACAAGCAGAAGCAGCACAUGACAUGACAACACCAGUUUCUGACCAAAAACAUGUUGAGCAGAACAGUAUGGAGGACCAGGAGUACAAAAAUUAAAUAAACAAAUUAUUAAAUGUGUCAUUAAAAUGCUUCAAUUUCAAUAUUUAUCUAUUUCAAUAUUUAUUUCAAUUUUUAUCUCAAUGUAUAUUAAUUUCAGUUUUUUUACCUCAAUGUAUGGUCUUUUUUUUUUUUUUUAAUUUCAACAUUUUAUUUAUUUAUCCCAAUGUAUAUUUAUUACAACAUUUAUUUCUUUAUCUAGAUUUUUAUGUGUUAUCUCCCUAUUGUGAUAAACCGCUGUUUUUGUAAGCCACAUGCUCGGAGUCCGAAUUUCCUGGGUCAACGUGUUCUAAGUCUAAAUCCCGAGAAAGCUCAUGCAUAACCUCAGCGAUCGCUGCCAUAUUGGGAAGGAAGGAGCAAUACCUCGACUCCAGAGCUACGUAGCUUGACUUGCUCAACUCAAACCCCACCUAGUACAUGCCCGCCCACAGUUUUUGAUAUGCCAAUGACAGAUAUAAUUAUUUCAUGCGGUACAAGGGGAACAGGAGUGAGAGAGUGAAAUAAAUAAGAAGGGAAAUAAAUAAAUGUUGAAAUAAAUAUUGGAAUAAAUAAAUAAAUAAUAAUUAAAAUAAAUAAAUGUUGAAAUUAUGUAAUGUUCAGAUAAAUAUAUAUUGGGAAAAAAUGUUGAAUUAAAUAAAAAUUGGAAAAAAAAUAGAAAUAAAUAAAAAGUGCAAUAUAUAAAAAUUGAAAUAAAAUAAAUAAUAAAAAUAAAUCGAAUAAUUAAAAUUGAAGCAUUUUAAUGACAUUUAAUAAUCUGUUUAUUUAUUUAAUUUUUGCACUCCAUGUCCUCCAUAUAACAGUGACUUUAACACAAAUAGUGUAAUGAAAUAUCAGUGACACAAACUAGAUAACAACAACAAAAAAAGACUACAAGACUUUGAUGGUAGAAUUGAAUUACAAGGCAAGUAAGGCUGACUAACCGUGUGUCUCGACUAGAGUAGAACAUCAGUGGCUUUUUUGACAUGGCAGUCGUCUUUCUUACAAGGCCUAUUGAUUACAUAUACAAACUGUUCAUGUGUCAGGUGCCUACAGCGCUCUGACUUUCAUCAUGUUACCAUUUCUUACACUCAUCAUCGACGUGACAAGGCAUUAUUUGCCGCUUAAUCUUUGUCUUAUACUCAAAAUCUGUGCUGAUUUGAACUCAAGAGUGAUGCAACUCUGCCAUCUAAAGGCAUCUGUUAGUUAUUACAUUGGUUUACAAACCUGAGUUUCACACAAAAACUGGGCAGGACCUUCUUUUAUGCUUAGUACUAAUCAGUUGGAUAACAGCUGACAGGGAAAAAAAUCCAACAGCAGAGAAUAUGUCAAAAACACAAAUAAAGUUCUCAAAAUAUAAAAUGUCACAUAUUUCCGCACCUUUACAAUCUAUCCCGAUAUCUCGCCCUUGUGCUUAACACAAAGAUUUUCAGAUUUUCAACCAUUGACUUUAUAAUUUGCCUUUUUGGUGCCAAUUUUUCAAAUAAUGUUGCUUUAAAAAGUGUUUUUUUGUGUGUGUGUGUGUGUUUUUUUUUUUUAAAAAGAGCUUUUAGUGUGUGUGCAGUGUUUUGGAAUUCUAUCCCAACUAAAUUCUUGUAAAAAACAAACAAACAAAAAACACAUGAUACUUAUAAAAUUUCUCAGUUAAUUUUUUUUAAUCAAGAUAGGAUUGAAAAUAAUAUUUUUCAUACAUAAUCUGUACCUACAGAUUAGUAAACUAUGUGUACAGGCUCACAGUGUUUAGUAAUCUAUGUGUACAGAUUACCAACCUGUGGGUACAGAUUGCCAAUAAAAAUAUUUUUUUGUACCCUGUCACCAGGUGGGCUCAACACCCAAGAUGCAUUUAGGAAACACUUGCUUCAUGGACUCAUACAUUUGCAUGAACACUAAAUAGGAGAUGCUGCAAAUGUGAAAUAAAUACAUAACUGCUAUUUAA